GAGAGAGACGCCGCCACCGCAGAAGAUCGAGGUGCUGGUGCUGUUGCCGCAGGACGACUCGUACCUGUUCUCCUUGGCCCGGGUGCGGCCGGCCAUCGAAUACGCGCUGCGCAGCGUGGAGGGCAACGGGACGGGGCAGCGUCUUCUGCCCCCCGGCACGCGCUUUCAGGUGGCCUAUGAAGACUCUGACUGCGGCAACCGCGCGCUCUUCAGCCUGGUGGACCGCGUGGCGGCGGCGCGGGGCGCCAAGCCCGAUCUCAUCCUCGGGCCGGUGUGCGAGUACGCGGCGGCGCCGGUGGCCCGGCUGGCGUCGCACUGGGACCUGCCCAUGCUGUCCGCCGGGGCACUGGCCGCCGGCUUCCAGCACAAGGACACGGAGUACUCGCACCUCACGCGCGUGUCGCCCGCCUACGCCAAGAUGGGCGAGAUGGUGCUCGCGCUGUUCCGCCACCACCAGUGGAGCCGCGCCGCGCUGGUCUACAGCGACGACAAGCUGGAGCGGAACUGCUACUUCACCCUCGAGGGGGUCCACGAGGUCUUCCAGGAGGAGGGUUUGCACACGUCCGCCUACAGUUUCGACGAGACCAAAGACUUGGACCUGGAGGACAUCGUGCGCUACAUCCAGGCCAGUGAGCGAGUGGUGAUCAUGUGUGCCAGCGGCGACACCAUCCGGGACAUCAUGCUGGCGGCUCACAGACACGGGAUGACCAGCGGAGACUAUGCCUUCUUCAACAUCGAGCUCUUCAACAGCUCUUCCUACGGAGAUGGCUCGUGGAAGAGAGGAGACAAACACGACUUUGAAGCUAAGCAGGCGUACUCAUCCCUCCAAACAAUCACCCUACUGAGGACAGUGAAACCCGAGUUUGAGAAGUUUUCCAUGGAGGUGAAAAGUUCUGUUGAGAAACAAGGGCUCAAUGAGGAGGAUUACGUGAACAUGUUUGUUGAAGGCUUCCAUGAUGCCAUUCUGCUCUACGUCCUGGCUUUACACGAAGUGCUCAGAGCUGGGUACAGUAAGAAGGAUGGAGGGAAAAUCAUCCAGCAGACUUGGAACAGAACAUUUGAAGGUAUUGCCGGGCAGGUGUCCAUAGACACCAACGGGGACCGGUACGGGGACUUCUCUGUGAUCGCCAUGACGGACGCGGAGGCGGGCACCCAGGAGGUUAUUGGUGAUUACUUCGGGAAAGAAGGUCGUUUUGAAAUGCGGCCCAACGUCAAAUAUCCUUGGGGACCUUUAAAGCUGAGAAUAGAUGAAACCAGGAUGGUGGAGCACACAAACAGCUCUCCUUGCAAAUCAUCAGGUGGCCUAGAAGAAUCAGCGGUGACAGGAAUUGUUGUGGGGGCCUUACUAGGAGCCGGUUUGCUAAUGGCUUUCUACUUUUUCAGGAAGAAAUACAGAAUAACCAUUGAGAGGCGAAACCAGCAAGAAGAAAGUAACGCUGGAAAACAUCGGGAGUUGCGGGAAGAUUCCAUCAGAUCCCAUUUUUCGGUGGCUUAAAAGGAAGGCUUUUCUUUCGGCCUGAGAUUCUUUGAGGAGACUGAUGGGAUGAAAGACAUCAAUGAACAGAAGGGGUGCUCUUGAAGAAUUCACUCUUUUAAGCAUUUAGUCAUUUCGUCGUAAAAUUUCUUUAGAAGCUCAGGAACUAUUAUUAAUCAUCAGAUGCCUCCCGGUCUUUCAUCUCACGACCAGCAAAUAUCAGAAUAUAAUGUCACUCUGUUAAACGUUCAUACUGUUUCAAGGGCAUAUGAUUAGAUUUCUGUUUUGAGAAUCUGAUGUCUCCAUAUCUUGAUGACUUUUGGGGGCAUGUCACAGAAGGCUAUAAAAUGUGGUUUCCUUAACUGAAAUGUUUUAAAGCUAGAAUAAAAUCAUUUUUACAAGUAGAAUAUUCUUAGAAAGAAUCUAACACCCAAGAGAGGAAAAUGAAAAAUCUCAAGGUUGGAAACACAGUGCUCCUUUCUCUAGGGCUGGCCAGCCAAGUUGAGUGGAGGGCAGCUCUGUCCAAUGUAUGCAUUCAGGUCCCAACUUCAUAUCUUGAAAAAGGAUUUCCUUCCUGUCUCCUUCAGUGUCUCAUGAAAGCUGCUCUGGACAGUUGUAACUAUUACUGAAAUAAGAGGAUUUAUACAAGAAGAACAAAUCUAAAAUGUUUCAUUUUUUUAAAUGUAAAAAAACCCCUAUUUCUCACUAACAUUUUAUUUUUAAGUACUUUAAUCUUAUAUUUUGCUAUUAGAAAAUGUGUCUAUUUUUUCAUUUUGAAGAUUAGAUUUCACUUAUAUUUGAAAAGCUUGGGUAAAGUGUGCAACAAACCAACAAUGAUGGAAGAUGCUUCUUUUUUCUCCCUGCUUCCCCCUUCCCCUUGGCCAUACCCAAACGCAAACUGCUGCUUUAAUUAUGGAGACCUAGAAAUGUAUUCAGAUCACAGGCUCUGCAGGAGUACAUUAAUCUACCUGUUCUAAAUGCAGGUAGUUUUAGGGAUAGAUCCCAUCCAGUUCUGGCCAAAUGAGGAGUUUCAGGAUCAAGGGCGAAAUGUACUAGGGUUAAGUAGGAUUUUAUAAGGGGAGGCAGCUCUUUUUCCUCAAGAACUUUAUAAGAGAGCUAGAACUUGAUGGAAAGCACAGAAAUGAUAAAUUAAAAAAAAGUUCAUACAUGACAUUCUACCAAAAUUUACAGUGAUGAUUUGGGUUAAUAGCUACUACAUGUCCUUUCAGUUAACUCCACAGGGUUUUGUAGUCAUCUGCUGAUAAUCUGCAUAACAGUGGCUGUGGGUGUGAAUAUAAGGAAUUUGGACAAGGUCGAAAAAGCCUUUACUGAAUAUCUACUUUGCACCCAGUACUCUGCACAUAGGUUUAAAUUCAGGCUGUCUGUUUGAUUAUGAUUUGAGGAGAAAAUAGAUGGUGAGGGAAGAAUGGGCCAUUGCUGGGUUAGCAUACGACCUUAUUAUGAUGUCACUCGGUCCUGGAUAACAUUUUGAGCAUCUGGAAAAUAGUUUUAAAUAUUUUCUUAAUGUCUAUAAAAGACCAUGCAUAGGGAGGUAAAUAGUGGGGCUUGAGCAAUCCCUCAAAAGUGGCGGAGGUCAUAGUUCGCAGAGGUAACGGUGGAGGCAGAUGAGUGGAAGGCAUGUGUCUUGGAGGAUGACCCCAGUUUGCUUCCUGGAGGAGUUGGCCCCUGUCCCUCCUACUUCAAAGUGAAUGGAUGUUUCUGGGUGAGGCACGUUUCCCCUUUAUGGCUUAAAAAUAUUAUGUAGGCAGCUGGAGAACAGGAUAAAAGAAUUAACAGUGAUCAACUGAAACAACUAGGUUGUAGUUCUCCAUGUUGGAUGCAAAGGAAAAAGCACCGAAUUCAAAAAGGGCUGGAAAAAGAAGGCAAGGAAGACAAGCUCCAGAAAUGCUAAUGUGGGAAGAGUUUGGGAAGUAAAAUCUAGAGAAGCAAAGCGUUUAACAGCUCAGGACUCCUCAAAGUGAAAACAGAAUGGAAGGUUUGCACCCAUUUAAUUUUUAUGAUUUGAGAAGUUACUUCUUUCUAAUUUUAAAUUUUCAGUGAUGUUUUUCAUAUGUUUUAGAGAUACUCAUUUUCUUUUAUUGUGUGUUGGUAAAAAACACAUUUAAAUUUCAAGCCUAUGUGCUUAUUUCAGGGGGAAAACACUCUACCUGGUUGCAGUCUUUGGGUGUAAACAUUUCUAACCUUUAUAAUCUACAUAGGGGCCCAUUAACUAACAUUUUUAAAGCAAACAUAUUUUAUUUCUACUUUAAUAGAGGAAUAGUUCUAAACUUAGUAUUAUGAUGUCCCCAGAUAAAAUUGUAAAAAUAAGCAAGAAUUUAGUCUUUCAAGAACGGUAGCACAAAUCGUGAGGUUUCUCAUAUGCGAUGCCGUUCACUUCCAACUUAACGCAAUUCUAGGGCUCUGAAGGUUGGUUGCUUAUGUCUGUUUUCUAUUCCUUCUUCCUUGAAAUCAUCAUACAAGUUACCAAAGCUCUCUUAGGUUUUGAAAAUGCCAUUGGGUUGGAAAUCUUUGCUAAAACUGUAGGUGUUUGGCCCAAGGUUACCCUGGGCUCAGACCUGUGGAGAUUGUAAUUCUGGAGUUAAGUUCCUAACUGCUAAGCGACAUCUUUGACAACUAGUCAUUUAUACUCUGCCAGUAGCCACAUAUCACACAGUAAAAUAAAUAGGGCUCUAGUUCUUAAAUCAUUCUACACAUUUUUACCCUGAAGUCCAGGGUGUUCAGGUUUGAAAAGAGAUCAAUGUCAGCUGGCCAAACAUCAGCGGACACGGAUACCAGUCAAAGUGUAUACUUUUCGUAUAGACUCAUGGCCUUGGAAAUAUGUGUAGGUUUUAUGCUCAUCAUGGUCACCUUCUCACAUUUUUUUUCCUGGACUCAGAAGUAAAAGCUUUCUCCAGAUGAUCACUUCUGUCCAGAAAACACUUUCUGUGUAGAGUGCAUAUCUUCCCCCAGACUGACCACAGGUUCCACAAGGAAGCCCCUGUAAACAUUACAUUUCUCGGAAGGACCAUUAGCAUGUCCUUUCCUGAACCGCAGACAUGGUUCCACAGGCUUUAAGACACUUCUUUACAUUUCAGAAGCAAUAGUUAGUGGAGGGAGGGGAGAAAUGUAUGGACAUAAAUUCCUGAAAUUCAAAGACUUUAUUUUCAGACACUGCUCCCUACUCACAGGCUUCUAGGGUCAUAAGCGUCUUCAAGGCACCUGUGCCCUCUUUGCCCCUAAUUUACCACUUUCCUUCUGGCUCUCGCUGAUUUGGGGAGUGUGAGAUAGGCCGUUGGCAGUGAGAUGAAGGCCACUGUGUAGAUCUCAUGCAGUGACAGGAAUUCAGAAAGUAGGUCCCAGUGGUAUCGUGAGUGAGUCUACAGUGGCUAUUUGUGGAAGUCUCUUUGGGAGACCAAAUAGAAUAUUACGUUUCUUGGGACACAAAAACCUUAGAUGCUGAGUGGAUGCAGUCAUAAAGCCCAACACCUGCCAACAUUAGGCCCCAUGAUCUGCGUUGUGUGGUUGGUUUAGUUACGCCCUGUGGUCCAGCGCUUCAUGAGGGGGCUGAUAAUGGACUGACCUUCUUCAGUGGAUGAGUGAAAUUGCCUAAAACAUGGCAUGUGUGGCAGAAGAGAGGAGGAGGUGGUGCGGGUCAGGGGGUCUUUCUUUCCCAGUCGACCUUUGGAAGUACGGAGUAACCAAUACUUUAGUCCCUCUUCAACAGCCAGACUCAGCAGGAAGCUUAGGCCACACCCAGCAAGAACCAGGAGCUUGAUUCUCCAAAAGGAACAGAAGAAGGUACAGUUGCCAGCAGCCAGGUCUUUCCCCCCUUGCUCCCCGACCCCCAAUCGCCACUGGUCAUAGCUGCAGAGGUGCAGGCAGAAGCUUGCAGUGGGGCCUCCACACUUCCCCGGGGGAGAGGACCGCAGGGUGCGGGCUGUGGGAACGCAGCUGGCUUACGUUAACCUGACCACACGUGCUCUCGGGGCACUUCAAGCCUGUGAUGUGCAUGGACUCCAGCAAACCUGGCUUUGGUUUCCAGCACGUCGAUCUCCCACAUCUCUCUCGCAGGCAUACCCCACAGCUAGACUCUAGGAUUAAAAUGACUUUCAAAAGGUGCUGGAUUGGAGUUUGUUCAAAUUUCUCAUUAACCACUAAUGUUAAUUCAUACCAAAGGCAAAGCAGUUCUAAGCCAGCUAAUGCUGUUAAUGUUCGUGUCUUAAGCUGCUUCAAACACGGGGGAAGGAUUUCAGUGGGUGCCGAGUCUCAGAAGUAAAAAUCCGUAUGUUAUGGAUUUUUGAUGUAUCAGGUGGGGGAUGAUUCCUAGGGGAGAGAUUUGAACAAGCAGAAUGAAGACUUAGCAAAAAAUGCUGCCUUGCUCUGAUUCAUGUGUUUAAAGACCUAAACUUCUAUGCAGCAAGGAAUAAAGGGCCCAUUCCCCAUGGGUAAGUCAGAACAUAGCCUACCAAAUUGUUUUUUAUUUGUGAGGAGAAAAAGCCAUCAUUGCACAUAAUAAUUGGGCAGAGAAGGUUAAGAAAGGGAAUUCUGGAUUUUGAAGCGGGAUGUCCUAUUUAUUAUUCAAUACCAAAUCUGAACGUGUCCAAUGUGGUGUGUCUUACUUAGAAAAUAGCCCUGAGGUGCCCUAGGCAGCCUGGAGAGGCUGUGAGUUUGCAGACCUUUUGGCUGGGUCUGGGAAUCUGAGCUUUGUCCCCUGUGCGUGGUGGGUAGGUGACACCAACAGGGCACGGUCUAGACACUGUGGAGGGUUACUUCUGCAGCCCUUGUCUCCUGGGCCACAUUAUUAUUCAUUGUUAAUUUAAAUACAGGACUACCAAACAAUACAAACCUACCACGAGUCUGGUAGAAAAGUAAAAGUAAAAGCUGCACAGACUACAUACAGUUUAUUAUUCUAAUGUAAGUAGAACUAUCUGCAUAUAAUGUGAUUUAAUUUAUUGUUGUGUAGAAAAUGAGAAUGACUGUGGAUAUAACCCCUGUUUUGUAUAAUAUAUUUUAUUUCUGGUGCAAACUGGUCAUUUAAAGUAUCCGCUCCAUUUGGUGUUUGGAUAUAAAUGUGUUCUUGUAAAUGUUUCUCUUCAGCAAGAAUGCCACAUGCUCACAGUAUAACAACGUGUUCUCAUUAAAAAAUAAGUCCCACAGAAA